AUGCCUAUUGUAGCUCAUAGUGAAAAUGGACUAACUUUUGAUGUGUUUGCUGAAGGAGCAUCCUGGGUCGAGUGCGAUUACUACUCUCUGAAGUCAAACAAGGUGGCAUGGGCUAAGAACAAUCAAGUAAGGUACUAUGAUCUCAAGAAUAAGAAGAUGAUUCUGGAGAUGGAGAUAAAUAGGCCUAGGGAAAUAGAGGCGUCUGAAAACGGAAAUAACGUAGGAAUACUUAAUGGAAAAGGAGAGAUGGUUGUGCUUGGAAAGAAUGGCAUCAUGCUGAGAGUGGAGAAUGUAUCCAAGUUCAGGAUUUCUAAUUCCCUGCUUGCAUAUAUAUCGGGGGCAUCAUUUUUCAUUCAUCGGAUCGGAGAAGAUGGGAUAGAGGAGUCUCCUUUCCAUACUUCCAGGAUUUCGAUUCUAGAGUUCCUUAUUUCCGGAGAGUUUGUUUUUCUUGCCACAAAAAAGCUUGAGAAGGAUGGAAUGCACAAGCUCCUUCGGAUGGGAAAAGAUUCGGUAGAGGUUCUUCAUAGCUUAAAGGAGCUGCAAGGCUUCUCUUUGAAGGCCCAUGCAUCAAACAGAUACAUACUGCUUCUUCUAAUGACAUCCUAUGUGAACAACAGCUACUUCCCCGAGUCUGACCUGUAUUUCCAUGAUACUGCCGCAUGCACCUUCAAAAGUCUUGGAUAUUCGCCAGUCCAUUCCUAUGUCUUUCUCUCUAAUGGAUUUGCAGUGUGCCAUGGGCCUCAGCCUAGCAGUGUUUCUGUUCACAGGCUUGAUGGCAAGCCUGGAUACAACUUCCCAGAAGGUAUCAGAAACAGAAUGUUCUUCAACCAGCAUGAAAACAUUGCAGUGUUUGCAGGCUUCGAUAAUCUCUCUGGAGACAUAGAGGUUUUCCAUGUGCCUUCAAGGAAGCCUAUAGCAAAGUUCAAUGUGCUUGGAGCAUCUUUGAUCGACUGGAAGGAAAAUGGAUCAUAUUUCUGUGUCUCGACAACAAGCUACUUCCAAGAAGAUAACAAAAUAACUCUCUACGACUACUACGGAAGAAAGAUAGACGAAAGGAAGUUUGAGUCUUUGUUUUCGGCCUGCUCCUAUGGGGAAAAGGAAGAGUUUGUCGAGAUAGAAAAACCCGAAAAGCUAAUUAUUGAGAUGCAGAAGAAGUACGUUCCCCCCUCCAUCCACACCUUCAUGACAAAAACAACUUCCAAGAGCAGAAUGCCCAAGAAGAAGGAGGAGACAGUUAAUGAGAAACCGAAGAAAAGCAGCAAGGAAGAUCUGUUGAACACUCUCAAGGAGAUCGAGAGUUUGAAGAACAGGAUGAAGGAUGGAGAAGAAUUAUCUAUAAAGGAAUUAAACUUAAUCCUAAAGGAGUAUAAGUUGAAGGGGGAGCUGAAGAGCCUCGACUAG